AGAAAAAAAAAGAAGUUUUGUUUUGAUCGUGCGCUAGGAACUUGUUUUUAUUGAAUCUGUGUUUCGUUUGUUAGAAAUAGUUCCAGUGCAAGUGAAAAAAAACUUGGCCGUUCGUGCCUCUCCGGAGGAAUAUAGUCAUACGGCGUUUUUGUCGUGUUCGCGUAGUGUUUUUUUGGUGAUGCUGAUUCACUUAAGCAGCGAACAAAUUGGACACCAUGAAUCCGGGAUCGGAGCACGGCAUCGGCGCUGGUAUCGACUGCAUGAUCAUGUCCUUCGCUAUUAUACCUAUAUUGAUGAUGAAAAAUACAAGCCUCCGAUCGGAAGCAUUGAUUUGCAGAAGUGCUCAGAAAGUAACUAUUGCACCCAGAUUGGUAUGCUUACGAUUGAACAAAUUAUUAAAAUUCCGACGUCCACCAUCGCCGGAUGAUGUUGAAUCGCUGGUGCUAGCAAAGCAAGGCAAUCCUGCUAUUCAGCGGAAUUUGCUGUCAGCUGAUUGUUGCGACGAGUGGUGUGCACAUCUUAAUAAAACACUUGCUCUGCUUGAAGCCUGGGGACAGACCGAUAGCAGAAGUUCGAGUUGCUAAAUGCUAAAUACGAUCAAUCUGCUUCAUAUCGGUUUUCUGUACAGUUGCCAUUGUUAGCAGUAUUAUUAUUAGUUAGUUAGUUAGUAGUAGUAUUAUUAGUUAGUUAUUUAUUGAAAUUAUGAAUUCAAACGUCCCAAGCAGAUAAGGAUUAGUGUUUUUUUUUCAAAUAGGGUGUUUUGAGAUUAAUUAAAUGUUAACCAAUAUUUAUUUAGAAUUUAUAUUGUGUGUUCUGCCAUGAACGGAGACAUCAACACUAUUACAUACAUUUUAUAUUUUAUUAUAUUAAUAGUUUGUAGUUGCUUUCGCAGAUAAGUGAAAAUUAAGUGAAAAUGGCAAACAAAAAAUGAAUUGAAAUAAAACACAAACCUAAUCUUACAUUUAUCUUUACUGACUAUAAUUGAGAAUUGCAUGAUUUUUUCGGAACUUAUUCGACAUAUUUUGUAAUGUUUACACAUUAGUAAGCCUAUGUACAAGGGUCAAAAUAAGUAGGAUAGGCAAGUGCUGGUAGGUAGUAAAUCUGCUAAUUUUUGGAUGGAUUUUAUAAUUGAUGACCUGAUAAAAAUGCUUAUUUGCAUCAUUGGCAUAGAUGAAAAAAACAUUUCUAAAGUGAAUGUUUCAUCAAGAUCAGGAAUCGAUAAAAAGCUCAUCGAGAAAUGGCUAUUUCAGAAAUGAAGCAGGGCAGGCAGUGGGGAAAAUAUACGGUUGUGACGCAUAUGCUGGUUGGUCGAUUAUCCAAAAGCAUUGAGGGAAGAUUCAACACACAAAAAUUUUAUGAGGCCAGCCGUGUGAACUGGAGCGUUGUCAUCCUGAAAAAAACCUUCACCAUUCGGGAAUAAUGCUUACAUCAUUGAGAGAACCUGAUGAUAAGAAUAAUUUCACAAUACUGUUCAAGAAUCAAGGAUUGUUUCGAAAGUGACCAAAACAACCAAUAUUCAAAAAUAUGUGUUUUGGAAGAAG